AUGAAAGUGGAGAAUGGAAAAUGGAAAAUAACAAUGGAAGUGAUGGUCAGUCUUGGCCGAAUCGUUUGUAGUGUAAUGUGUUCUGAUAUCCAGAACAUGGAACUUAUGCCGAUUUCUCGCAGGCACGAAGUCGAUAGAGAUAUUGCGCUCAAUCAGCGGUUCCUCCAAGAAAUUUCUCCACCGACCACUUUGAAAGAGCAUAUGACGGUGCUAUGGUGGAGGAGACCUGGUCCUCCUUUCAGCAACAGUGGAAAUUGGGCCAGGCCGGAAGUCUGCUAUCGCAAUAUUAGCUAA